AUGAUGACAUCUACAGUUAUUAACGCUGCCCAGAACCCCCCCGCAGUUACAAAUACCGCACAUCCGGGCCGGCGCAACACCCGAGCUUCUGCCUCUGCCUCAAAUACUACCUGCAGUUCCCGUAGAGCUUCCCGACGAAGAAGCCACGCGCAGCUUCCCACAGAAAGCUCAUCCUCAUCGUCAUCGUCCUCACAGCAAUUCUACAACUCGGCAGAGUCGAUUGCUAGGCGGAUACAGAGGACGCCCUCGGCCGUCGCAAAGCGACUGUUUGCUCACGCCGUUUCAACCACGUCUUCGUUUUCAAGCCGAAAGUCCCAGGAGCCUUCACAGUCCUCAGCUUCCAAAAUGCGAGUUUCGAGAGCAAUGGGUGGUGGAAUGUCUGGCAUUCCUGCCCACCGUACAAGUUCACAUUCCCGGCAUCUCUCGUUGCCGCAGCCAAUAAGCAGCAGCAACAGCAGCACCAGGACGACGGGACAUCUCUCGCCGGCAUGGACAAGUAAUAGCAGUAACUCGCACGACUGCGGGUCGGGGGGAAUGCUGACGUCAGAAAAGCCGCAGGCUGCGACGAGUGGAGGAGCGGUUACGAUGACGAUCCAGCUUGCCGAACCGAUGUUGUUCUUGCAGGGGUUCGACCAGAGUGAUCACUCGAAUAGGACGCCGGCGAUGCUGCGGGGAUGUCUGGUUUUGAGAGUAACGAAGCCGACGAAGAUCAAGGUUAUCAGUUUAACGUUCCAGGGAAAGGCAACGACCGAGUGGCCAGAAGGCAUCCCGCCAAAGAAGUCGGAGUAUCGGGAAGAGAAGGAAAUUAUGAAACACACAUGGCCGUUCUUCAAUGCUCAGUUCGCAACCGCCGAGAUAGGUCAUUGUGCGGAUUCUUGCCGUCUCUACAAGAGCUCCAGUGAUAGCACUUCGUCUCUUACCUCCGCCAUUGGACACUUGGCACGCUCUGCGUCUCCCCUUGGCAUUACGCCCGCCAUGGCCGGAUCUGCAUCAGAACGCCGCCUAUCACUGCAGCUCUCCCAGUCACGAAGCUUCAGCAAAGGCGAAUCACCAAACAGCGUCACAGUGGCGCAACGUGGCUACCGAGUCUUCCAACCGGGCGAUUACAUUUACAACUUCGAGCUGCCACUGGAGAGUUGUCUACCGGAAACGAUCGAUGUGGAUAUGGGGUCUGUGAAGUAUGAGUUGGAGGGGGUUAUCGAGCGGCCUGGAGCUUUCCGACCAAACUUGGUAGGAAGGAAGGAUGUUACGCUGAUUAGAUGCCCGGCGGAGUCGAGCUUGGAAUGUUCGGAACCCAUUGCUAUCAGUCGCACGUGGGAGGACCAGCUUCAUUACGACAUCGUCAUCUCGGGGAAGUCGUUCCCGCUAGGCUCAAAAAUCCCCAUCGCGUUUAAGUUGACGCCGCUUGCGAAGGUACGGUGCCAUCGAAUCAAGAUAUUCAUCACUGAGAAUAUCGAAUAUUCUUGCAAGAAUAAGAAGGUACAUCGACUGGAUCCGACGAAGAAGGUCCAGUUGUAUGAGAAGAGGGCCGAUGGCCCGGCAUCAUCGGCAUUUACAGGAUCGUCUGCUAGGGUGAUUGCUGGUGGCGGGUUUGACCCAAGCCAAACCGCCGGGGAGGGGCAGAAUAUUGAUUCUGGGAAUGGGUCAGACAGCUUGCUUGGUGAUUUGAAUGGAGAGAAGAAUAUUGGACCCACCGAGAUGGAAUUUUCAAUCCAGCUUCCUGGCUGCAAUGCGAAGGAGAAGGACCGGAUACAUUUUGAUACUACGUAUCAAAAUAUCCAGGUCCAUCAUUGGAUCAAGAUCGUGAUGCGUCUUAGCAAGACAGACCCCAACGAUCCCACGAAGCGCCGCCACUUCGAAAUUUCUAUCGAUUCUCCAUUCCAUAUUCUCUCCUGCCGCGCAGCUGGAGCAAAUACCGACCUUCCGGCCUAUGACAGCAACAAUUCUGGACAGGCUACUGGUGGCACCUGUUCCUGCCCACCCCUUAGCCGUCGCAACUCGCCCCGUGAUGCAACCCCUACUGUCUCUUCAUCAAGGAGCUCAAGUUCGACAUUAGUUGGAUCUGUAAACGACAGCCCGCCGGCUUUUGACCCUAACAGCGCAUCAAGGCCAAUGCAUCUCAUUAGAGUGCCUUCAUAUCAACCGCCUCCAUUUGAUCAUGAUGUUGCUCCGCCACCACUUGUCACACCUCCGCCGCAGUACGAUUCUGUGGUUUCGAACGGAGGACUUGCAGAUUACUUCCAAAGACUUGCAGAUGAAACGGCUGGUGAGGUUUCGGAUGAGGAAGACGAGAGUAGACAAGCUACGCAGAGGAGACUGUUGCCCCCUUUGACACCCGGAGGGAGAAUUGCGAGGAGUAUGGAUGAAAGGAGAAGCUGGAUGCCGAUUGGCCUUCCAGGGCACUAG